AACGUCGAAACAGAAGAGACGGACUAGAUAAUUGACAAUUAGAGGGUGUUGUCAUCCAAAAUGUUUAUUUUUGCUCAAAUGUGAAUUUUCCAACGAAAUCGUACUAAAUCUCCGUAGUAAAUAAUCCGUGUUAGUGUUAAGUAAAUUUUAAAUAACUCAAACUGUACAAAAAUGUUUUUCUUCAAAAAAAAGAGUCACCAGGAAAGUCCAGGAGUUGCUGUAAUAGGUACCCCAACUAAUGUAAACCAUGACAUUCAUGUGAGUGUUAAUAAGGAUGGCAUAUUGGAAGGAUUACCUUCGGCCUGGUGCCGACAGAUUGGAAAACAAAUCACCAAAGAGGAACAAGAAAAUAAUCCAAUUGCUGUGAGACAAGUGCUUCGAUACUAUAAUUAUUCCAUGAAAAAACUAGAAGCAACCCCGCAAUUUAAACCUUUAGUUACUGAAAACUAUAUCGAUGAAGAAUCUGAGGAGAUAAGUAGGUUUGAGAAUUCAAAAGAAGCUCACACUAGUAGGGAAUCAAUUUUAUCUUCAUGUUCGGAAUAUGAAAAUACCAGGCCAGGAACAUUACCCUCAACACCAAAAAACAAACAAGAUGAACAAAAUUUAAUGACAAUCAAAAAUUUGGCAAAAAGUAUUGAAAACUUAAGUAUUAAUGAAACAGUAGAAAUAAGGAAAAAAUCAGACACCAGUGAUGAUGGUUUUAUAAGGAGAAAAACUGGAAUGACCGACGAAGACUACAUGGUAGAAUUAAGGAAAUUAUGCAAUCCAGGUGACCCAAAUCAAUACUACUUGAAAACAAACAAAGAUUUGGGCUCUGGAGCAUCUGGAAUAGUUUUUGUAGCGAAAGAUCUUAGGACAGAGCAAACUGUUGCGAUCAAGGAUAUCGAUAUGAAGAAACAGUCCAGAAAAGAGUUACUAGUCAGCGAGAUUCGAAUAAUGAAAAAUUUCAAACAUAAAAAUUUAGUUAAUUUUCUUGAAGCUUUCGUAAUGUACGAUGAGCAUUUAUGGGUUGUGAUGGAACUGUGUGACGGUGGCCCUUUGACAGAUGUAGUCACAGAGACAGUUAUGAAAGAAACUCAGAUAGCAGCAGUAUGUUAUGAGGUUUUACAAGCAAUCAGUUACCUGCAUUCCAGGGGUACAAUUCAUCGGGAUAUAAAAUCUGAUAAUAUUCUGUUAGGAAUGGACGGCUCUGUUAAAGUUAGCGAUUUUGGUUUCUGCGCUCAUGUAAUCGGUAACGAACAGAGGGAAACGAUGGUUGGAACGCCUUACUGGAUGGCGCCGGAAGUAGUUACCAGACAAAAAUACGGAAAAAAAGUGGAUAUCUGGUCAUUAGGUAUAAUGAUAGUUGAAAUGUUGGACGGGGAACCACCAUAUUUACGUGAACCUGCUCUUAGAGCCCUAUAUUUAAUUACUGUUAACGGUAGACCAAAAAUUACAAAAUGGGAUAGCUUAUCUCUGAACUUAAGAAGUUUUAUUGAUUGGUGCCUUCAGGUGGAAGUAGAUAAAAGAGCAACCGCUGAAGAACUAUUGGAGCAUCCAUUUUUGGAAGACAGAGCUGACUUGAAGUCCUUAUUACCUUUAAUCAAGGCCGCAAGGAAACAGUUGCAUAAAACUAAUGAUAUUUAUUGAGAAAAAGUCCCUCAUCAAGCAAUUUGAAAGGCUGUCCAUGCAUUUUUAGGAUUAAUUAUAUUUAAGAGAAAAAAAUUUACAUAUACAUUAUUGGUUUUGCAAGAUUUUUUAUUGUGCCUUUAUCAAUAUUCGACAAAUUUGUACCUAUAAAUUAUAAAUAUAUAUUUUAUGAUAUACCUUACCCAAGUAUUUUAUUAUACUUUUUUAAUUUUAUAUGAUAUUUGAAGUGUGAAUAAAGGGGUGCAGUUAUGAGA